AUGUCACACCCCAAUUUCAAACGAGUUGCAACACAGAAGUCGGCAACGUUCAGCGCAAACUUUGUUGAGGGGCUGCAGUCAGACACGACCGCAUUAAGGAAUGACGUGGAUCAGCUAAAACCAGAUUUUCAAGAUUUGACGGUCACCGUGAAUGUCUUGAAUGCCACACAACUUGACCAAGAAACAGAUAUACAGGGGCUGCAGUCAGACACGACCGCAUUAAGGAAUGACGUGGAUCAGCUAAAACCAGAUUUUCAAGAUUUGACGGUCACCGUGGAUGUCUUGAAUGCCACACAACUUGACCAAGAAACAGAUAUACAGGGGCUACAGUCAGACGCGACCACACUAAAGGAUGACGUGCUUCAGCAAACUUCAGAAUUACAAACGUUGACAGUCAGUUUAAACGCUUUGAAUGCUACAACAGUUGAACAAGAAACAGAUAUACAGAACUUACAAUCAGACGUCAACAAUUUACAGAGUAGCGAAACUCGACAAGACACUGAUUUGCAAGACUUAACAGCGACGGUUGAUAAAGUAAAUUCGACUGUCUUUGGACAAGCGGAAGAUCUAAUGUACAUACAAUCAGACGUAAACAAUUUAAAGAGUAGCGAAACUCAACAAGACACCGAUUUACAAGAAUUGACAAUGAGUGUUGAUACAAUAAAUUCUACUGUCCAGGGACAAGCGGCAGAACUUGAGAAUUUGAACGACGAUGUCAAAGAUCUUAAUACUACCGUACAAGAUUUAGCUGAUGUACAGUUUUCGGGUAUUUUAUCUAAGAAAUCAAAGGAACUCAAUCAGAAGACUAGUGAAGCUGAUUUUCGUAAUGACUCUAGGAAGCAACUGUCUGCAAGUCAGAUUACAAUGGACUACCUGGCAGAGCAACUCAGUGCUGUAAAGGCAGACGUAAGACAGAUUUUGUACCUUCUUACAGAAGGUCGAAAAAAGGUAGCAACAGCACAAAAUGCCCACUGCAACAAAGCAUUUGUAGGUGACCUGGCAUUUGGCGUCAAGAUUGAAAGAGUAAGUUUGGCAGAGGCAGAAAAAAGAGCAUCCAAUAGGCAGGCGUUAGCUCGCAAUCUUUGGAAUGCGCUCCUUCCCAAGUCUAUACAAGCGUUAUCCAGCGACUACUGA